AUGGUAUUCGACUGGCAACAUAUAUUUAAAGGACUCAAUGAACGCAUCUUGCAUCUAUUGCAGACGGAUAAGUUGGCCGAUUGUCAUUUCCUGGUUGGUGAUUCACCACCAGAUCAAAAAACAAUUGCAAGUCAUAAACUAAUUUUGGCAUUAGCUUCACCUGUAUUUGAGCGAAUGUUUUAUGGCCAAGUGGCAGAUAAAAGUGAGCUUAUUGUUAUAACAGAUAUUCAGCCAGCUAUUUUCCAAUCCAUGUUAGAACAUAUUUACACAGACGGUGUUAAUAUUAGUUCAAUCGACAUGGCCUUCCAGUUGUAUUAUGCAGCUAAGAAAUAUAUGUUGAGUCAAUUGUUAGAAGAAUGUACUCGCUUUAUGAUUUCUAACUUAAGUCCGAAAAAUGUAUGCAUGGCAUACGAGUUUGCAGAAUUUUACGAUGAGUCAAGUCUGAAACAGAAAUGUUUGCAGCUAAUACUUAGUCGAACUCGCGAAGUUUUGGCUGAACCCAGCUUUAUGGAUAUUAAGAUGUCUACACUAAUAUUCAUUUUUGGUCAAUACAGUUUGAAUAUUGACUCCGAAUUGGAUUUAUUUAAUGCUUUAUCACGAUUAGCUAAACAUAAAGGACUACUUAGAGACACGCAUAUGCAGACUGCUAAUGAGAGGAAUAAUCAUAACUCCGCGGUGCCUACUAAUGGAGGUUUAGUGGCCGAUAAAGAAGUCCUCCUAAACGCAUUGCCAUCGCCUAAUUUAGAAGGAGACUUUAAUAUCAAAUGCUCAAUGGAUACUAAGCAAUUUAUAAAUGACGAGGAUUUGUUGAAAGAGGCAGUGAAACAAAUUCGUUUUCUUUCUAUGACACCGAAAGAGUUUUUUCAAGGACCAGCUCGCUCUAAACUUUUGGAAAAACAUGAAAUUGUUGAUAUUUCUAUCAAUAUGUUCAGUGAAAUUAAUGACGAUUAUCCUAUGCCUAUGGGAUUUUGCAGAGAACGCCGAAAUGUAUUUAUCACUCAGCUGCGGAACUUUAAUCUCAGUUCAGACGAUUUGUCCACCAGGGUAUACACUGGUGGACAAAAUUCACCGCCAUUUCCCCUUUAG